GGUGGGAAGGCGCACGGUGAUCUGCAUUGCCCUUACCAUUCUGCUUGCUGCCGGGUUCUCAACACUCCUCUCCCAGUCGUUCAUCGCCUUCAUUUCGCUGCGCUAUUUCGUCUCGCUCGGUGUCUCCGGAGUGGGUGCCACGUCGUUUGUCCUUUUGAUGGAAGUAACGGGUCCCUCCACGCGGUCAUUCUUUGGCCUGGCUUAUGAAUUUGGCUGGGCCACUGGCUACCUGGUGUUGGCACUGGUUUCCUACCUCAUCAAUGACUGGUUCUAUGUCCAGCUGGUGGCUAUGGUAGGAGCACUUGUACUCGUCGUCGGAUACUGGGUUCUUCCCGAAUCUCCACGAUGGCUCAUGGCUAACAAGAAGUUCGACCAAGCUCACAAAUUGAUCAUGGAGGCUGUGGAACGUAAUGAGAAGGACAAGGAUGAGGCAGAGUUGAAGUUUCAACUGCUGAAAAAAGAGAUUGAGAAGGAGCAGCCAAAGCAUGUGUUUGGCAAAGCAACGGUAUUCGACCUGCUCAGGAGGCCCGUGCUCAGAAAGCGCACGCUCAUUCUCUAUGCCUGCUGGUUUGUCAAUUCAUUCACCUACUAUGCCAUGUCACUGAACACCAAUGACCUGGGAGGCAACCCCUACCUCAACUUUGCAAUCGCUGGUGCCGUGGAGUUUCCAGCCUACGCCAUCUCUAUAUGGGUAAUCCAGAAGAUGGGACGACGUUGGUCACAGAGUGGCUGCAUGCUGCUGGCUGGAGCAGCCUGUAUCCUCACCAUCUUCUUCUCAGGAAAGACCCUCUGGGUAAAGAUAACGUUUGCCAUGUUCGGCAAGUUUCUGAUCACUGCCUCUUACGGCAUACUGUAUGUCUACUCGGCCGAGAUCUACCCCACCGUAGUGCGCAACGUCGGGGUCGGCUCGAGCUCUACCAUCGCCCGAUUCGGUGCCAUCAUCGCCCCAUUCGUCAAGGAGCUGGGCCAUGCUACGCACGAGAAUGUGCCGUUUGGUGUGUACGGGGCCAUCUGUAUCUCAAGUGGCCUUUCGGUGCUCUUACUGCCCGAAACCAAAGGGGCUCAGCUGCCGGACAGCGUGAUGGAAGGAGAAGCGUUCAUGGGGCCGCAACAAUCACCGGCACAGGACAAGGUGCCGGAAGCGAGAGCUAGCAACAAAGUCAAGGAGGAUAGCCCGAGGACGUGAUUGUCAAGGAGGGCAUUGUCUAGAUACUCAUAUACAAGGCUUAUGCACUUUAACUAGUCUCACUGUAUUUUUAUACAUUUAUACAUGCAUUUUUUUCCUUCUGCUUUACACGAUAAUCUUGCGAAUCAAUAAACUGUACAGGCGUUUCUUAACCUAAA